ACGGCGUCGUAGCAUACACAUAACCUAGGCUGACUAUCCAACAAAAUUUGGGGAAAAUUAGUGAAUUGGAGCCUCUCCAUCUCAUAUUGUUCCCAACUGCUGAAAUAGUGAAGAUGGUGAAAGUCGCGACGUUCUUCGGAAUGUCAUUUGGCGCCUUCCUUUUCUGGCAAACCAUGGAUAAAGUCCACGUCUGGAUUGCCCUUCACCAGGACGAAAAGAAGGAGAGAAUGGAGAAAGAGGCUGAGAUCAGGAGAAUGAGAGAAGAACUAUAUCAGCAACAAAGAGAGAGGGACUCUCUUGCCUGAGCGGUAAGGAGGUGCGAUUGCGGUGCAAUAUCAAUGGCCUGUUUUGUUCUGUCUUUUGAGCUGUCACCUGCAUUUGACUUAAUUAUCAUAAAGCAUGAAUCUUUUUACCAGACGUACUAUUGGCGUUCAUGUAUUCUUGAGUUGCACUUUUCAGCAAUUGGUAAGUUAUGCAGUUGGGCUGCAUGCUGUAGGGCCUCCAGUUGUCAUAUUCAGCAAUUGCUUUUAAAAUGAUGAAAUAAUAGCAUUUGUUGGUCCUGGUUGAUUUAUGCAUGUUUUGGUCAGAAAUGAAUGAUCUUCUUCAUGUCAUGUUAUACGAACUUUGUAUGAUUCAAGUUCAUCGGCUUAUUUCUUUGUGUGUUCA